AUGAGAAAGAGAAGCAUUCAAGACUGUAUUAAUUCGCCGGCUUAUAUGUCUCUCGAAACUACAGACGCUCGGUUGGAGUACCUGAGAAACAAUGGAUGCAGUGAAACAGAAAUAAAUUUCUGUGUUCCAGUGCCAUCUCCGUUUGCUAGUAUAAAGGACUAUGAAACACACAAAAGGGAGACAAAAAAUAAAAUCGACUUCGUCAUUAAACAAAAGGUGACAAGCAAAAAUGUCCAAGUCACAAAAGAAUUGUUGAGUUAUAUAUGUUUUGUCAAUAAGGUAUCAUUUGAAGACGUUGAAAAGCAAUGCAAAUUUGUUUCAAUUAAAAGUAAUUUGGUGUUACCAGAUGGACCAUUUUUAUGUGAUGAUAACCCAAAUAACAACACGCUUUAUCUCGAGCAAAUUGGCCCUCAGUUUGUAUGUGGCGCUCAAUUUGAAAUUUUGCAUUCCACUCAAAAGUUUACGCUUAACUCUGGUUCUAUUCCUCCAUUAGCUCUCAUACUCUCACAAGGAGAUUAUAAAGUGAUUGACAGUGUAGUGCUAGUAAAAGAACAAAACAACUUACUAAUUUUUGAUAUUGAUUUAGAAAAAUGGUUGUUUGAGAUAUUAACUAAUUACUUGAAAGAUACAGACGAACCAACCACACUAGUUCUGCCACAGAGCCUAUCUAAAUUCAUUCAUUUUUCAAUCCCGAAAAUCACUUUCCAUAUUUUGACAAACGAAUCAACUCAUCUUUCUCAAGUUGUCAAAAACUCGGUUCUUGAAGUCAGACCGAAAAGUGUGACUUUCCAAAUAGUUGACACUGUGUUAAAGCUGUGUUCAGAAUACCUCUCUGUCGGAAUGUGCAAAAAUCUCGAAAGUGAAGACUUGACGCCCGAAGAUUUGUUUAUUCUAUUUAAAGAACAAUUAUCAAUUCCUCAACGCACUGUUCUUAAUUAUGCACUUUCCAAAUCACCUAAAUAUCCCGAAAACUCACUGAAAAUCUACCUCACUCCAAUUCCAAAACCCAAACGCGAUGAGAUGAAAAAAAUUUGCAAAUCGCCCCAAUUUGAAAACAUGGAAAAUGUGUUCAAAAUGUUUUUCGUUCUCAAAAAGAAAUUUCCUGAAUUUGAAGACAAGGUAAUACUCAACACCCUUUUCCACAAAUACCCAAAGUCACUCCAAACCCAAUUUCUUCCAAUCUCAAAGUCAUCUUGUCUUUUCGAAAGAGAACUCUUCACAAAAAUCAUCGAAGAACUCACAAAUUCGUUAAAACAAGGACUUGUCGUGAUACCAGAAAAUGUUAGCGAGUUCACUCCUGAAUCAAUCGACUCUUUACUUUUUUAUGAAGAGAUGAAAAAUUGCGUUUUCGAGGAAGGAAACGCGAAGAAGACAAGCGAAACGAUUAGAGAGGUGGGACAGAGUAACUUGGAGUGGGUCGAGUUUGUCAAAGAAAAGUUAGUGGGUGUGGCUAAACAACGAGUGUUUGCGCUAUGUAAUUCUCGACAACUGUUUAACGCGUCGUUCCCAUUUCAGUGUCUCAGAGAGAACAGUUGUGAACCAACCAAUUUCUUACACUGCGACGAUAAAUACAACUCUUUGGUAUUGACUAGUAUGGACGGGAAUGUGAAUGUCUUUACUUAUUAUCCAAAAGUGUUUGACGCAAGUAAAGAGAAGUACUUUAAUAUGAGCAGGUGUGUGAACGAUCAAAACAUAAAUUUUGUAGUAUUACUUGGAGGGAAGAGAAAUACUAUAAGCACUUCAAAGUUGAUGGCAAUAACACAGAUGGUGAGCACGUUGGCUGAGAAUAAAGAUGAUAACGACAACAAAGCAAUUCUAUUUGUCGACGAAAUAUGGAAGAGCGUUAUUAAAAAAGAGAAGUACAAAGAGACAAACAACGUUGAGAUCAUUUUCAUUCCUCAAAAUUUGGAGUUUUUCGCAAAUCCAGCAACAACAUUGAUUGGCCAAUUUCUCCAUUUCGAGUUUUUCACUGAAAAGAUUGGUACUGAAGAACUUAUUAUCAAUGACACGUUGUUUCUUGACAAAUUGGUUACAUUCCUGACAACAAACAAAACGUGUGUGGUUGACUCUUUUGAGCAGUGCGGCUUUUGUAAUAUUGAUAAAGUUGUUUUUGAUGUCAAAAAGAUUGAAAAUCAAAUUUCUCGUCUGUGUCAAACUAAACAACUGAAUUUCAAAGAGGAGAGUGUGACAAUUGACAUUGAGAAAAUUGAAAUAUUGUUUAAAGAAGCUGUUUUAUCUGAAAUUGAAAAAUAUGAACAGACAACAGAAGGCGAAAAAACAGUCAAUUCUGAAAAAUGGGUCGAGGCAUUAGUAGCGAAAUACCCCACUUUGGAAUACUCAAAUUUGCUCCAAAUUGUUGAACAACAAACUGCGACAAAAGUCCCACAGAAAAUAGAAGAAGAUAGCAUCAGCGAUGUUGAAGAGCUUUCUGCUAUUAAUGUUGUUCCACAACCAAGCAACAGCACAAUAUGUGUGAACCGAUACUCACACAGCGAAACAAUUCAAUACAUCAAGCAUGAACCAAUUGUUCUCGAUUACACUUUGUGUGUGUCAAGUUUAUAUUUUCAAGAAUCUUUGAAAGAGUGGGAUUGCCAAAAUCAGUUUCUAUAA